GAAGGAGCGCGCAGUGGCCGCCCGGGUUUCCGCAGCGGCGCCGGCGCGGCCCGAGCGCGGAGCGGAGCGGAGAGGAGCGGAGCAUAGCCGCCCCUCAGCCAUGUUGCGCGGCCUGGGCAGCUGGCUGGGGCUGGAGCGGGCGGGCGAGGAGCAGCUGCUGCCCGCCGGCAAGAGGAGCGGCCCCGCGGAGCAGGAGCAGGAGGAGGAGGAGGAGGGCGAGGAGGAGGCAGGGCUGGCCGCCCAGGAGCAGGGGGAGCUGCAGGGGGACUCGGAGGCGCUGCUCAGCCAGGCCAAGGGACUCGGCAGUUACCUCUUCAAUUUUGCCACUGCUGCUACAAAAAAGAUAUCUGAAUCUGUUGCUGAAACAGCACAGACGAUAAAGAAGUCUGUAGAAGAAGGAAAAAUCGACAGUAUCAUCGAUAAGACAAUUAUUGGAGAUUUUCAGAAGGAACAGAAGAAAUUUGUCCAAGAGCAGCAAAACAAAAAAUCAGAAGCAGCAGUGCCUCCCUGGGUAGACAGCAAUGAAGAGGAGACAAUUCAACAACAAAUACUGGCCUUAUCAGCAGAUAAACGGAAUUUUCURCGGGAUCCUCCAGCAGGUGUACAGUUUCAUUUCGACUUUGAUCAGAUGUACCCCGUUGCACUGGUGAUGUUACAAGAAGAUGAGCUUCUCAAUAGGAUGAGGUUUGACCUUGUUCCCAAACAUGUAAAGGAGGAGGUGUUCUGGAGAAAUUAUUUCUACAGGGUGUCCCUAAUUAAACAGUCUGCGCAACUCACCGCACUUGCAGCUCAACAGCAAGCAGUAGGAAAAGAAGAGAACAAAGGCAGAGAAAAAGAGGAUAGUCAACUGAAAGAAACAGUACGGCCAAAAACACCACCUGUUACAAUAAAGCCUCAAAUAAAAUCUCAAGAGGAUGAGGAAGAGAUUUCCACAAGUCCAGGUGUAUCAGAAUUUGUGAGUGAUGCUUUUGAUGCCUGUAAUCUGAAUCAGGAAGAUCUAAGAAAAGAAAUGGAACAACURGUGCUAGACAAAAAGAAAGAAGAGACUUCAAUAGUAGAAGAAGAAACUGCUGAUUGGGAAAAGGAAUUACAACAAGAGCUUCAAGAGUAUGAGGUGGUGACAGAAUCAGAAAAGCGUGAUGAAAACUGGGAUAAAGAAAUAGAAGAAAUGCUGCAAGAAGAAAAUUAAAUAUUUUCACAAAAUCACUAUAACCCAAAGCUUUUUCAGAGGACUGACAUGGAUUUCUGCUUUCAUAUUUGCUUACAAAGAUAUCUUCAGAAGACAUAAAAGAAUCUAAAGUCAUUAUAAUUCCAUAUGGGAAUACAACCAGUGUUUCUGUUCUUUAUAUGAGCAGUUUCUGAACUUCUAUAUUCUUCAAAAGAAAAAAAGAGGARGCAGACACUGCAGGUUAUAUGUCAUAACUAGAAGUGAUAACAAUACAGGAAGCAAUGGUUCAGUUUGAGGCAUUUUUAGGUGAUCAAGACGCUCUUCAAAGAGAUUUCUAAAUCUUAAGAAUCACAAUUUUUUUGYCUACAGCCUUCUGUUUGGGAUGUAAAAAUGGAUGUUGUAAGUAACUUAGUCCUUGAAAACAAUUCUCUCUUGACAUUUGCACUCUGCCCUGUAUAAUCUGUAAAUGUGUACUAUUUUUAAGGUACUUGUAGCUGGUAGAUUUCACGUGUAUUUAACUUCCUUAACAUAYGUAGCCAAAGAAUUCAUAGAAAACCCUAUCAAAUAACUUUCAAGGAUUUGGUAAAACAUACUAAUGCAGACUCCAAAAUAAGCUGAUUAUAUAUCAGUCAGGUGGCAAACAUUUAAGCAUUUAAAUUAGGAUAGGGUUAGUAACUGCUUGAAUUAAAUUCGGGUUUGUUAAUCAUAUUGAGAUACUGCCUUUCCCCACAGAGAGAAAUGGUUUAAUGCAUUCUUUCUGCAAAAAGCUGUUAUGUUUCCAUUUAAUUUUACUGUCUGAACUGAGAGCAAAUUAAAUGCUUCUCUUUAUUUUAAGUGCUGAAACAUUUAUGUAAAAACUUUUGCUGGUUUGGACAUCUUUAUUAAAUAUUGUAAAUAUGUACAAAAUUGGCUCAUUUAUUUGGAGGGAGUGCAGAGUAAGGAGCAACACAGACUUCAAAAAUAAACUUUUUCACAGUGCUUAAGACAYAGAGUUUAAAUAUAAAAACGGAGUUUUUCUCGAAAUGGUUUUUGAUUCUUCAUAGGUAUCUGGAUGUUUCUGAAUGUGGUUAUAACAUUAAGUCAGUAUCUUUAGAUAUCUAAAUGAAAAUUUUAUGUUCUGUUUGUCAUCUAUUUCAUAAACUUCUAUGACAAAGCAUUAAUGAAAUUCCAAAUACAAAGGAAAAUGGGUAAAAUUAAGUAGGUCGGAGCCAUUAAGUACAAUUGAAUUAUAGGCAUGUUACAUACAGUAAGCUCUGUCUUAAUGACAUAAUUCUGCAGAAAACUUUUGUAAAGAGACUGAAGAGAUUAUAGCUGUAAUUACUCAGUCAAUAUUCAUCUCGUGGGAAAUGAAAAGAGCUAAGUAGUUUCAACUGCUGUUACUGUAAGAAAGGACUAUUUAAAAUUGUCUCCAUUAGCAACUUGGACAGAAAGUUCUCCGCUAUUUCUCAUUAUGGAAAAGGAAUUGUUUUAAACCUGCAUACAUUUUGCUUCUCAAAUUAGUUUAUUGCCAUGUUCUUUCUCAUCUGCAACCCAUUUUGUAUUCCUGUAGUGUUUUUCACUUAGUUAACAGAUGCAAGGUAAGUCAUGGUAAGUUACAGGUACUUAAGAAGCUUUUUAUAUCUGGGAUUAAUUAAAGACCACAAAAGUUAAAUCUGUUAUGCUCAUAAAAAUAAGACUGUUCACAGCUUCAUAUCUACUCUUGACAAAUACAACUGCUCGUAGAUUUAGGCUGUAGAUAUUAGGMUCUGUCUACUGUACAGUUUGACACGACACCUAAAAAGGUGGGUAGUUCUAUUCUGAUAGUGGCAAAUCUUCUGUGGAUGACUGAGAGAUCCAAAAUCACUGCUCCAAAAGUCCACUUUCWUAAAAACAAGCCUGAUCAUUCCUAGCAUUUUCAGGUGUAUGAUGGCCUUAUUUGUAUGGRGCUGGUACAUCAAGUCUCAUCUUUCUUUCAUGUAGGCCUAACCUAUAUAGUGGUCAUAGAUAUUAAAUUCAAUUUCUCAUAAAAGAUGGUUCCUACAUAUAAAAACUUUGUUUUUCAAGUCUCGUGAAAAGCAAGUGUAUCUAUAAAAUAAAAUAAACCAACCCACUAUUUAAAUUUGCAUUUUAAAAGCCAAUAAUGUAGCAAGUCUGAAUCUGACUUGAGCUCUGAUAUUUAAAGUCUCUUAUCAAAAGUCAUAUUAWUAUUUUCACAUCUGCAUAUCUGGUUUUAACCUGAAAAACCCUAGAUUCUCCUUAAUCCUGCAGUUUUCAGGCCUGGCCUGUGCCUUUCAUUUAGGAUGAUGCUACAAGUGCCUAGCAGUUCUUACUGUGCAUGGGAAGACGGAAAGUUCCUGCAUUCCACUUGCCACAGGAGAUGAACACAGGUAGACCUUGUCACAUUCAUGGUGAAUUUUGCAUGCCUUUGUACCCAAAUAUGUCAUAAUAGUAUGUUGCAUAAGCAAGUGUGCUGGUCUUUUCUUAAAAAAAUCAUUCCAAGCACUGGGAURGUGCAGAUGCCAAAAUCCAGUAAAACAACAGUAUGAAAUCAGUGACAAAAUGAAACCAAAAAUGAAUAUAAAUAACAUUGUCCCAUGAAUGCAGUGUGACAGAAAGUAGAGUUGUUUAAAACAUUGAGAAGACGCAAACAGCCAAUCAUAAGGUUGUUAACAAAUUUUCUUGUAAGAUAAACUUGCAGAUUUUUGAGUUAACCUUUGAGAGACAGGGAAAAGAUUGCCCAGGAAUCAUGCAGAUUAGCUUAAAAUAGCUCUGAGAUACCAGCAUCCCCAGUUAUUCUGUGCACUGAAGAAUCAUCUUCAGCUAUUAGUUUACUAUUCCAAUUGGUAUUAAUUAAUACCGAUAAGCAUUUUUUUUUAAUUUAAUAAUCUGUCUGGAGAUGAGGAAGAGGAAAGAUUGUAAAAUCCUGGAAUAAGAAAAAUAGUGAGAAGUUCCACUAUGUUUUUAUUCAAUUGCUUACAGCUGAUCUCUUAUSAAAGUUAAUCAAAGCUUUCAGUUUCCUGAAUUAUUUUAGUAAACUUUGCAUUUUUUUAGUUUGUUGCCUCAGUAUGUUUUUUUCCUCGCUGUUUGGCAAUCUUGGUAUUUGAUGGGGUGAUGUAUGCAAUGCUGAAGUGCGAGAUGUCAAUUUUAACCUCAUGCACUUUAAAGAGUAACUGUGCAGGAGUCUGUUGCUGGACUGUGAGAUGCACCCUUGAACUGUUGGCCACUCACAUAUCAUUGACUUUUACUUUGCAAUAUCUGUUGCACAGAAAGGAGCAAAGUAUGUCCAGCAGUUGCAGCUGCAUCAGCCCUCAGUCCCUGGGCUGUGUCGAGAGGGUGGCUGUGCCAUUAUAGAGAGCCACCCUGAUAAUGCUCUGGGUUUCAAUGCAGCACAAGUCUACAAGAUGCAUUCUCUGGCUUGAGACUCUUAUGUCAGUGCUGACUGAUAAAUCUAGAGCAGCAAUACAGUAUAGAACAUCCUUGAAUAAAUUUAGUAGAUUUUUCUUCCAAAAUACUAAUUUUCAGUGCUUUUCUCCUUYGUUUUAAA